AUUUAUACCACUCAAAAUCAAAAUCAAAAUCACAAUUAUAAAAUUCUACUAUGAAACCAAACACCACCUAUAUAUUUGCCCGAUUUGAACAGUAUCUCGAAGAGUGGGCAAGGAUGUUCCUGAAUGAAGUGCUCUUGACACGAAAUCGAACCCAUCCUGCCCUCAAAUCGCUAAUAGCAAGUGUUGUGGACACCGGUGUUUUGGGUAACCUGUGGAUUUGAACGUUAUUGUCUCCUUGUAUAAAGUUUGCUAUAAGGCUGUGCAGUGAAAGAUGGAAUCACAUCCGGAGGCGGAAGAUUUUUGAGAUUGGUUAAUCUCUGCAUUCAAGUGAAAAUGGGUAAGGCUUGAAACAGAGCGAUAACUCUUCCGAAUAAUCGAAGGUUUACUGCCUGCUAGCUGAGAUAUCUUAAGAGGCAGUCUGGAUAUACAUUCGACUUCAGGAGUGGAAUCAGCGGCUUCCAUGGGUGGCGUCAUAGAGUUGCAGCUCUAGCAGACGGGCUUUGAGAACGAGAAGCUCCAUCGCUGCAUAUUUAAACAUAGCUGGAGCUGCUGGUUGAAUGGGAACAAACUAGAGUAUCGUAUCGUAUCUCUGUACGGAAAGACGCUUGCAGUGUCAUUGCUGAAUUCUAGUGACUUGUCCUGACUCCUCUUGUUUCGACUUCACUUGAUCGGCCGGAACAUGACACAAGACCGGUCAUACGCAGGACAGGAUGAAAAUGAAGACAGAUUUUGAAAUGCUUUUAUUUCCCUCCUUAGGAGUCAGUUUAAUUUUCAUCUACCCUUCACUCAGAUUCCCACUCAUGACCUCUUUCUGCAGCCAAUUCCACCAAGAUCCUUUUAUAUAUCUUCCCCCGGGAACGAGAUGCAAACUCAAUAUCGAUCACAUUCAUAGCAUUUCAUAUCGGAACCGAGGGAGUGAGGUGACGGAUGGCAACCCUGCAGAGGUCAGCGGUUUCGUUCAGGAGGCAGGGGUCGUCGGGGCCGGUGUGGGAUGAUAAGUACUACCUGGGCGAGGAAGGGGAGAGCAUUAUGGAGCUCAGGCUCAAGGAGCUCCGGCCUUGCAAAAGCACAAAAGCCAUCAGGACCACGGGAAUGGAGUUUGAUGACAGUAACGGCCCUGAUGCCGGCCUGCCCCAGGUCUGCCCCCGUAGCCUGUCAGUGGACUCAGCAUCGCGUGGAAAGUUCUCCCUGGGCCUGCCGGGUGUGUUCGGGAAGAAGAUGAAGCCGGGGAAGGACGAUCAGUAGGUCGGAUCGGAAUCAUGGCAGAUUCGAAAAUUCUCAGUUUCUGUGGCAUACAUACAUGUGUUCCUUCUUUGAUUCAUUUCUUAAGAUAAUUCUGUGCCUUCCAAUAUAUUAUUGUAUCGUGCGAAUAACGAUCAUAAAAAUCUUAUAUUGCAUAAAGUCUUCAAUGAACAUCUUGCUAAUUCCUCUCUUGAUUAUUUUUCAUUCGAUAAAAAUAUAUUAAUCGAAUGGACCGU